AUGAAAGCCGCUGCUAUGUCUGUCUGGAUUUUCAUCAACCUUCUAUGUUUUGGUAUGUGUGGUUAUUUGUACUUGAUAUGGUCACAGUACUGGAUGAGCAUAGAAAAACAAAGACUGUUUAGUAAGACACACGACCCUCCCCCAAAGAGUAUCGCUGGUAUAAGUUUCCAAGAUGGUACGAAAAAUUUUCAUUCUGUUAUAAAUAUUUCGGUAUUAAAAUUUGAUAAUGCGCGUAAAAGUAGAAGAUCGGUGGUCGCAUUCAAAACAGGUCAACUGAUGCAGUGGAAUAAUAAAUCCUCCGGCUCGCAAGCUCGCCCGUCAAAUAAUAUCGUUGUUAAAAGUCAUGGUAUACCGAGAUUUCCGAAUAUCCACAAACCAAUAUUGGAGUUUGAUAGCGAGAAAUAUCUAUGUAGCGAUUACACAACACAGGAAUGUAAAUCAAAAUCGAAUGAGUUCAAAGAGAUGCUAUUGAAAGAAUUUCAUCGAGUUUUGAUGAGUGAAAGCAAAGUGUUUACGUCAGGACUAGACUCUCAAAAUUCUUACGAUGUCAAAUAUGAAAGGGGAGCGCUGAAGCACGAAAGUAGGGAAGACGUAUUGUGUGCACUAGGAAGGGUGUUUGUACGGACUAUCACUGCACGGGAUGAGCCUUUUGCAAGUUUAGGAUACAAAAUUCCAAAACGACCGCUGCAAGAAGGUCGUCUGUUUAACAAUUGUGCCGUAGUAACCAGUGCCGGUGCUCUACUUGGAUCUCGUCUAGGAGAAUUUAUAGAUUCACAUGAUAUGGUGUUGAGGUUUAACAACGCACCGACUGUAAACUUUACAGACGAUGUUGGGUCUAAAACAACUUUUCGUGUAUUAAAUUCACAGGUUGCAACAAAACCGGAGUUUAACUUUUUAGGAGAUUCCCUUUACAAGAAUAUUUCAAUACUGAUAUGGGAUCCAGCAAAUUAUUCGUCCACUUUAGAAGAAUGGUAUCACCACCCCGAUUUUCCAGUAUUUUCUGCCUAUAAAAGAGUACUUGAACGGCGUGGUACUGCAGAUGUCCAUCUUCUUAAUCCUCAUGUACUGUGGGAUUUGUGGGAAGUCCUUCAAGAUUCCUCAGCUUAUAGGUUGAGGAGAAAUCCACCAUCUUCUGGAUUUAUUGGUAUAAGGUUAUGGUUCGCGUUACACCGCUGUACACGAGUUCGUGUAUUUGAGUACGUGCCUUCAGUGCGCGCUACGCGAAGGUGUCAUUACCAUGCAAAGGGCGAUGAUGUUGGCUGCACUCUCGGUGCAUGGCACCCCCUUGCACAGGAAAAGGCACUUGCACACCGAAUGAGUGACAACUCUGACCUCGAUGUCUUUCAGCGAGGCUUUAUUGAUAUACCAGGUCUAAGAACAUUACACUGUUAACUAUGAACGUACCUUCGUGGUGCAAAUUCUGUUGUACCUACGCUAAUCUCUGCACUAAACUAAAUAAACAAGACUAAAAAUAGUGCUAUAUCCUUUUCGGUAUAAAACAAUGUGAAGAGUACUUUUUCAAAUAUUCAAAUUCAAAAAUUCUUUACGCCAACACAUGUCUUAUAAAGCAUUCAUACUUGUAUAAACAACGUGUCCAGGAA